AUGGAAUUCCUCCCCACCCUCCAACACGGCAUAGACGACCUCAAACCCUCCCUCUUCGAACUCCUCUCCGAACAACAACUCGCAUCGCUCCUUCCCCCGUCUCUCCGCUACCUCCUCGCCAUCUCCACACACCGCUAUCCACGCUACCUACUCCCCGUGCUAAACUCGUUCGAUGAGGUCUAUGCCGUCGUCAUGCUGCUCGUAGAGCGCCACUUCCUACGCACCUAUGGCGGGAGCUUUACCGAGAACUUCUAUGGCUUGAAGCGGGCACGCGUCUUGAAAAUCAGGGGCGGCGAAAUACCGCGCGCGCAACUUGGGGCGAGUGAAAGCGUACGGGAGGCGGUCAAGCUGGGGUCAGGAGAUGUGUGGAAGAACCUCGCCGUCUUGGUGGGUUUACCGUGGCUGAAGCGCAAGUUGGACGAGGGAUACGAUGUCCACGCUGCACAUGCGAAUCUGCUCGGCCCCGGGUACAACAGAGAUAGAGAUGGCUUAAGAGGCGGAUCGAGCAUAAAGGAGAGGCUCAUGUACUAUUACAAGUGGUUUCUGCGGAACGUAUAUCCGUCGGUCAACGCAGCGUACUACUUCUCCCUCCUCGUUUUCAACAUGGCGUACCUAUUCGAUGACACGAAAUACCACUCGCCCUUCAUGUGGCUGAUUGGUUCGAGGAUGAGAAGAUUGGGCGAUGCGGAUCACAGGGCCAUCGCGCUUGCAACCGCACCAAGGAAGGUCGGGCCUGCAAGACCUGGGGAGGGGGGCUCGAUUUUCAGCCCGAGGAAUCUUGCGAGGAGUGUAGAGCCGAGACUGCUCAGCUCACUAAAGAUACUACUCCCGACCAGUAUCUUUGCGCUCAAGUUCUUGGAGUGGUGGCAUGCGAGUGACUUCGCGAGACAGCUGUCCAGGAAAGCGGCGGAGAAUAUUGAGUUACCGCCGCCGAUAUUGCCUUCUCUGCCACGAUCUACAGCAAAACAGUCGGAUCGCAGCGAAAAGUUGCAGCUGUCAUCUUCAGCUUCCAACAAACUGCAACGCAUCGACCCACCAAUAUCCUCCACAUCACUGCUCCCCAUCCUCACUGUCCCAACACCACCAUCCUCACACCUCUGUCCCAUCUGCGUUAGACCCAUCACAACACCCACAGCCUCGCCAACGGGCUUUGUGUACUGCUACACGUGCAUACAUCGCUGGGUGGAAGGGGAACACGACCGGCAGGUGGCUUUUAUCGAGGGCUCUGCUGGCUUUGUGAAUGGUGAGGAAGGAGAGGAAAUGGAGGACGAGGGCUGGGGUAAGGAAGAGGGGAGCAGAGAAGGGAGGUGGGAGAGUGGGAAAGGGAGGGAUGCCGUUACAGGCCGGCGAGUUCUUGGUGGGACUGAAGGGCUGAGGAGGGCAAUGGCCCCGCCAUCAUCACCGCCAGCGGAACAUGCCGUCACCAGCUUUGCAAACGAUGUCACGUCUCAGAUGGAAGGCUUCGCCCAUUCUCAAGACAUUGCAGAAGAAGCUAUUGCACGAGACCUAGAUGACGACGAUUCGUCAUCAGAAGACAAUGACGAUGAUGAUAGCUCCUCCGGCUCCUCGACAGUGCGCCAGUUUUCCAUGAUAAACUCUUAUCGCCGGCCUUCAUAUGUUAACCCAGGCUCCCGAGCCACAGCCAUCAUAUCCUCAAGUGUACCAGACCGGGUUUUUUUAUCUACAUCGUGGAAGAAACAUAGCCAUCUAUCGAAGAAAGAGAGGGAAUCGGUUCGAGAAGAGGAGCGGAGUCUACUCCGUGAUAACAACCUCCUGCUACCCAAACAUCCUCGAUCAGGAAGUGCGGGACAAUCCAAUCAUCUGGGUACCAAGUUGUCAUUCUCCGUACUACGAAAAGUCAAAAGUACGCCAGAUGAGGAGACAUUCAUUGACUCGCAACCGUCUGAGCGAACAGCGCUUCUAGAGGCUGGAGGUGAUCCAGGUCAACCGUAUGGAGGCUUGGACUCGCCGCGGACCAUCAAUCACAAGUGGAAUGAGGCGGUUGCAGCAGGAAAGAUUAAUACGAGCUGGCAGCGAGAGGCGAAAGUCCUAACCAAGAGCUCGGCACCGCUGAUACUAACGUUCUUGCUGCAGUACAGUCUCCCAGUAGCUAGUGUCUUCACAGUCGGCCACAUUGGCAAAACAGAACUGGGCGCCGUGAGCCUAGCCAGUAUGACCGCCUCUAUAACAGGCUAUGCCGUUUACCAAGGCCUCGCAACCUCCCUUGACACCCUCUGCGCACAAGCUUAUGGCUCUGGACGCCCGCAUCUUGUUGGCCUACAACUCCAGCGCAUGCUCUAUUUCCUACUCCUCAUAACGAUUCCGAUAUCUCUCAUCUGGGCAUUUGGUACCCAAAUCCUCUCCAAAAUCGUUCCUGAAAAGGAAACGGCACGCUUGGCGGGUUUAUAUCUUAAAGUUCUUAUCGCUGGUGCGCCGGGCUAUGCAGCUUUUGAGAGCGGGAAAAGAUAUGUACAAGCACAGGGCUUGUUCAGUGCAACAAUGUACAUCCUUCUCAUCUGCGCACCGUUGAACGCGUUCUUGAACUGGUUACUGGUAUGGCACUUAGGCUGGGGCUUCAUUGGCGCACCUAUCGCAGUCGCCAUUACCGAGAAUAUUCUCCCUCUCUUGCUAUUCCUCUACGUCCGCUUCAUCGACGGCUACCAGUGCUGGGGUGGCUUCGACCGUCGAGCACUGAAAAAUUGGAUGCCUAUGAUUAGACUCGCUCUUCCAGGACUAAUCAUGGUACUCGCAGAGUUUCUGGCGUUUGAGAUCUUAACACUAAGCUCUAGUUGGCUUGGACCUACCGAACUUGCAGCGCAGAGUGUAUUAGGAACGAUCACGGGAAUCACCUUUCAAAUUCCGUUUCCGGUUAGUAUUGCGGCUUCGACGCGGAUUGCGAACUUGAUUGGAGCGACGCUUGCUGUUCCUGCAAAAAUGGCGGCGAAGGUGUCCAUCUUCGCCUCCGUUUUGGUCGGUAUUUUCAAUCUCCUCCUGCUUUCAUUACUGCGAGAGGCCAUUCCAAGGCUCUUUACGCCAGACAAGGAUGUCAUCAAUAUGGUCGCAGCGCUCCUCCCUCUUUGCGCCACAUUCCAGGUCUUUGAUGCGCUGGCGGCGAACUGCAAUGGGAUCUUGCGAGGCCUAGGACGGCAGGAGAUUGGUGGAUAUGUGGGGCUAUUUGCAUACUACGUGGUUGGCGUACCGAUUAGUUUCGGGACUGGCUUCGGUGCUCAAUGGGGAUUGUAUGGGCUCUGGAGUGGACCAGCUAUUGCCUUGGGCAUUGUUGCAGCAAUUGAAGGAGUGUUCAUUUACAGGACGAGUUGGGAAAAGGCGGUUGAGGAUGCAAAGGCAAGGAACGCUGCAAACUAA